GGCUUUUACCCUGGCCGGGCGGGCAGGGCUCAGCCGGGCUGGGCUGGGCUCCGCGGCUGGAGCCGGGCUCUACCCAGAGCAAGACCCUGAUGGCUGCGGUGUUUCUGGUAACGCUUUAUGAAUACUCGCCGCUUUUCUACAUCGCGGUGGUCUUUACCUGCUUCAUCGUGACCACCGGCCUGGUAUUGGGAUGUAGAGAUGGGGUUUCAUCAUGUUGGCCAGGAUGGUCUCGAUCGCUUGACCUCAUGAUCUGCCCGCGAUGACCUCCCGAAGUGCUGGGAUUACAGGUGUGAGUCACCGCGCCCGGCCGGGUUUGGUUGGGAUGUUCCAGUAAUUCUGAGAAAUUCAGAAGAGACCCAGUUCAGCACAAGAGUUUUCAAAAAGCAAAUGAGACAAGUCAAGAAUCCUUUUGGCUUAGAGAUCACUAAUCCAUCUUCAGCUUCAAUUACAAGGUCUCACUCUGUCAUCCAGGUGGAAAUAUAGUGGUGUGAUCAUGGCUGACUGCAGCCGUGAUCCUCCUACCUCAGCCUUCCAAGAAGUUAGGACCACGGCUGGCAUAACCUUGACAACAGAUUGCCUUGAAGAUAGCCUCCUUACAUGCUACUGGGGGUGCAGUGUUCAAAAAUUAUAUGAAGCUCUGCAGAAGCAUGUUUAUUACUUCAGAAUAAGCACUCCCCAAGCAUUAGAAGAUGCUCUGUAUAGUGAAUAUCUCUAUCAGGAACAGUAUUUUAUUAAAAAGGAUAGCAAAGAAGAAAUAUAUUGCCAGUUACCAAGAGAUACUAAAAUUGAAGACUUUGGUGCAGUACCCAGAUCUCGCUAUCCAUUGGUAGCGCUAUUGACCUUAGCUGAUGAGGAUGACCGGGAAAUUUAUGAUAUUAUUUCCAUGGUGUCAGUGAUUCAUAUUCCUGAUAGGACUUAUAAACUAUCCUGCAGAAUAUUGUAUCAAUAUUUACUCUUGGCUCAAGGUCAAUUUCAUGAUCUUAAGCAACUUUUCAUGUCUGCAAAUAAUAAUUUCACUCCCUCCAACAAUUCCUCUUCAGAAGAAAAAAACACAGACAGAAGUUUGUUGGAAAAGGUGGGACUCUCUGAAAGUGAAGUUGAGCCAUCGGAAGAGAACAGCAAGGACUGUGUUGUUUGCCAGAAUGGGACUGUGAACUGGGUACUCUUACCAUGCAGACACACAUGCCUGUGUGAUGGCUGUGUGAAGUAUUUUCAGCAGUGCCCAAUGUGCAGGCAGUUUGUUCAGGAAUCUUUUGCACUUUGCAGUCAAAAAGAGCAAGAUAAAGACAAACCGAAGACUCUUUGAAGACAUCGUAACACUGAAAAGUACACUUUCUACUAAAGAUGCAGAAAUUGAUGAUCUUGGAAUUCAUCAUAACAUGGAAUCUACAGUACUGACCAUCAAUGAAAAUUCUAUUUUAACUUCAUAUUUGUAUGGUACUUGGAUGAUAAAAAUUAAUUAUUCCUUUCUGCUUAGUGAAUGAAUACUGGAAUCCGUCUGUGUUGAUACAUAAAAAUUCAUUCAACUCUUGAAAAGAAUCUAAGAGUUUGGCCUUUUAUUAGCUAGAUUUCCUCUCAUGUUAAUUAGAAAAAUCAUUCUGAAAGGCAAUCCAUUGAAAAUUUGAGGAGGUUAAAUUCUUAAGAUCACUAAAUGUUUUACCUUUGAUGUAAUCGGAGUGCAAUUAAGAAAAAACUUAAUUCUACUUAAAGUAAUUUUGUGCUCCCUAGUUUAUACAAAGGAGUUGGAAUGAGCUUCUUUAGAUCUUUUCCUGAAAUAACAGCUUUUAUAAAUAUCCAUCUGUUUGGUUUCUAAUGUCCCUUAUUAUAGUUACAUAAAUACAGGUCAUAGUUCUAAAUAUAGGUUCUUAAAUCAUAAAUACAAGAUAUAAUUCUUGACUGUUCUCUGUGUAUUAUAAAAUGAUACUCAUCUAUAGGAGGCAGAUAUAUAAAAUUCAGAUAGUAAGAUUUUUUGGAUAAUUAAAUUUAUUAAAUUGAUAGUCAAGUGUGAUUAGAUUAGCAGAAUGUGAUCUCCAGGGAAGAUCUGUGAGACCUUUAAUGCCUUACCUUAGAUUUCUGCCUGUACAGCAAAUCCAUCCAGAACUGAGGUGGGAGGUGGAGGUUAUAGAGCUAGAAAAAUCACUAAAAGAAACAAAUAACUAUUUUUUUCUAGUGUAUUUUUAUUCCAAAUAAACCCUGUAUUCUUCUGAAUAGUAAAUUACUUUAUUCUUCCAUUGUUCUGUCUUUGUAAGAAUUGAGAAACUUGGUAGGCAGAAAGACCCCACCCUUUUCUCUUUCCAAGAUAACUAAAAGAAAAAGGUAAAUCAGAGCUUUCCAUGUUUUCAGUGAGAAUUAUCAUAACUCACCAAGAAAGCAGAUCAUGGCAAAUAAACUGUGACCUUCAGGGAGA